CGGACCCCGCCCCCUAGCUUCUUCCUGCAGACCCCGCGCUCAGGCCUGGGGCAGCUUACGCACACCUAUCCUGGCAGCAGAGCCCCCUAGAGCCCCACGGCUCGCCCUCCUGGGCGCCCCUGUCCCUUCUUCCGCACCCGGGCGGCCAUCCUGCCGGAAAGGAGCUCCCGAAAUGGCGCGGGGAGUUGUCCCCAAGACGGGCAGUGCAAGGCCUCCACGAUCGGGAAGAAGGAGCUGGUCUUCCCAUCCCGGUCACUCGGUCCAGGGGGAGCAAUAACCAUCGCAACGACCAUUGCAUCCGACGGCCGAGCUUCAGUGAACGGCUCUCUAAGUAAUCACUAAGCUGUUUACAGAGUUUUCACCAGCUCCCCAGGGAGGUGUCAUUAGCCCCAUUUUACAGGAGGGAAUUCGGGCCCAGAAGGGCUGGAGGACUUAUCAGCCGAAACAGGCCUCCAGGAUCCAAAUGGGAACCCCAAAGCAGCCCUCGCUGGCUCCUGCACACGCCCUAGGCUUGAGGAAGUCCGAUCCCGGAAUCCGGAGCCUGGGGAGCGACGCGGGAGGAAGGCGGUGGAGACCAGCAGCCCAGAGUAUGUUCCAGAUCCCAGAGUUUGAGCCGAGUGAGCAGGAAGACGCUAGUGCUACAGAUAGGGGCCUGGGCCCUAGCCUCACUGAGGACCAGCCAGGUCCCUACCUGGCCCCAGGUCUCCUGGGGAGCAUCGUUCAUCAACAGGGACGGGCAUCUUCCAACAGUCAUCAUGGAGGCGCUGGGGCUAUGGAGACCCGGAGUCGCCACAGUUCGUACCCAGCGGGGACCGAGGAGGAUGAAGGGAUGGAGGAGGAGCUUAGCCCUUUUCGAGGACGCUCGCGUUCGGCUCCCCCCAAUCUCUGGGCAGCGCAGCGCUACGGCCGUGAGCUCCGAAGGAUGAGCGAUGAGUUUGAGGGUUCCUUCAAGGGACUUCCUCGCCCAAAGAGCGCAGGCACUGCAACACAGAUGCGACAAAGCGCCAGCUGGACGCGCAUUAUCCAGUCCUGGUGGGAUCGAAACUUGGGCAAAGGAGGCUCCACCCCCUCCCAGUGAUCUGCUCCACAUUCCCGGAACUCUACCCGCUCCCGUCGCCCGCCAUAUUGGGUGUGGGCGGAAGUCUUUCGAGGCCUUAGGAAAAAAGAGGAUCGCUGUGUCCCUUUUAACCGGGAGAAGAGCUGACGUACAGCUUGGGUCCCUUCCGGUGCGUGCAAUAGCCACGGAGGGGUGGCUCCUGUUUGGAGUUUCAAAGUUUUCCACAACCCCACCCCCUAAGCCUCCGGAAGUGGCUGUUUUCCCUCUCCGGUCUGGACUGCCCACGGGCGCCUGUGCUAAGUUGCGGGUCUGGGUGCUGUCCUGUCAUAACUGGGGACCCCAGGUCGCGAGAAACGUGCUUUAUAAUAAAGCCUGCGCAUGUGCCGCCGCGCCUCUA